AUGCAACCUCAAGCUAAUGUAGCAGUACCACAAUCUGUCACGACGCAACCUCAACAAAUAGUCGGCGUUCCAGCAAAUGCUGUGAUACUUAAAAUGUCGGACAUCACACAAAUAUCUACAGUUGGGCUUCUAGAAUUAGCCCAUCGAGAGUACCAAGCAGGAGACUAUGACAGUGCAGAGCUGCAUUGUAUGCAGUUAUGGCGUCAAGAUAGCACCAACACAGGAGUAUUACUGCUCCUAUCUUCAAUUCAUUUUCAAUGUCGCCGACUGGAUAAGUCUGCGCAUUUUUCAACUCUCGCUAUUAAACAAAAUCCUUUGUUGGCAGAGGCUUACAGCAAUCUUGGUAAUGUUUACAAAGAGCGCGGACAAUUGCAAGAGGCACUAGAGAACUAUAGGCAUGCAGUGAGACUAAAGCCAGACUUCAUUGAUGGAUACAUUAACUUGGCUGCUGCUCUUGUGGCAGCUGGUGACAUGGAGCAAGCUGUCCAAGCAUAUGUUACAGCCCUCCAGUAUAAUCCUGAACUUUACUGCGUAAGGAGCGACUUGGGCAAUUUGCUCAAGGCUCUCGGGCGUCUCGACGAGGCGAAGGUAAAUGGAAUUUUCUCGUCCGCUUUCUGUUGGUACAACAGUCGCUAUCCCGCCGCGACGACAACGUACCGUGUCCCGAAGGCUUGUUACUUGAAGGCCAUCGAAACGAGGCCCGACUUUGCAGUGGCAUGGAGUAACUUGGGAUGCGUUUUUAACGCGCAAAGUGAGAUCUGGUUGGCAAUACAUCACUUUGAGAAGGCCGUGGCGUUGGAUCCGAAUUUCUUGGACGCAUACAUCAAUCUCGGCAACGUGCUGAAGGAAGCUAGAAUUUUCGAUAGGGCUGUCGCUGCUUACUUACGGGCACUCAAUCUGUCACCGAACAAUGCGGUCGUUCACGGAAACCUUGCAUGCGUCUAUUACGAGCAAGGCUUAAUAGAUCUAGCAAUUGACACGUACAGAAGAGCGAUAGAACUGCAGCCAAAUUUCCCGGACGCAUACUGCAACUUGGCCAACGCAUUGAAAGAAAAGGGACAGGUCGCCGACGCCGAAGAAUGCUAUAACACAGCCCUACGUCUAUGCCCGUCUCACGCAGACUCGCUGAAUAACUUGGCAAACAUCAAACGUGAACAGGGAUACAUCGAGGAAGCGACCAGGCUUUAUUUGAAGGCUCUGGAAGUGUUCCCCGAAUUCGCCGCCGCCCACAGCAACCUCGCCUCGGUGUUACAGCAACAGGGCAAGCUCAAUGAAGCACUCAUGCAUUACAAAGAGGCGAUCAGGAUUCAGCCGACCUUCGCCGAUGCGUACAGCAACAUGGGCAACACGCUCAAAGAGAUGCAGGACGUGGCGGGCGCCCUGCAGUGUUACACGCGCGCCAUACAAAUCAACCCCGCAUUCGCAGACGCGCACAGCAACCUAGCGAGCAUCCACAAGGACUCCGGCAACAUACCCGAAGCGAUCCAGUCCUACAGGACCGCGCUGAAGCUGAAGCCGGACUUCCCCGACGCGUACUGCAACCUGGCGCAUUGCCUGCAGAUCGUCUGCGACUGGACGGACUACGAGGCGCGCAUGAAGAAGCUCGUGAGCAUCGUGGCCGAGCAACUGGAGAAGAACAGGCUGCCGUCGGUGCACCCCCACCACUCGAUGCUGUAUCCGCUGACGCACGAGUUCAGGAAAGCGAUCGCCGCCCGCCACGCCAACCUCUGCCUGGAGAAGGUGCAGGUGUUGCACAAGGCGCAGUACAAGUUCGGCCGCGAGCUGUCCGGCCGCCUGAGGAUCGGCUACGUGAGCAGCGACUUCGGCAACCACCCCACGUCCCACCUGAUGCAGUCCGUGCCCGGCCUCCACGACCGCGCCAAGGUGGAGAUAUUCUGCUACGCGCUGAGCCCCGACGACGGCACGACCUUCCGCUCGAAGAUCGCCCGCGAGGCGGAGCACUUCAUAGAUCUGUCGCAGGUGCCGUGCAACGGGAAGGCCGCCGACAAGAUCUACGGCGACGGCAUCCACAUUCUGGUGAACAUGAACGGCUACACGAAGGGCGCCCGCAACGAGAUAUUCGCCCUCCGCCCCGCCCCCGUGCAGGUGAUGUGGCUCGGCUAUCCGGGCACCAGCGGCGCCAGCUACAUGGACUACCUCGUAACGGACGCCGUCACCUCGCCCCUCGAGCUCGCCAGCCAGUACAGCGAGAAGCUCGCGUACAUGCCCCACACCUACUUCGUGGGCGACCACAAGCAGAUGUUCCCCCAUCUGCAGGAGAGGCUGAUCCUCAGCGACAAGGUGAAGUCGCACAACAACCUCGGCGGUCUGGCGGACAACGUGGCCGUAAUAAACGCGACGGACCUGUCGCCUUUGGUCGAGAACACCGACAUCAAGGAAAUCAAAGAGGUGGUGCGCGCCGCCCGGCCCGUGGAGAUCUCCCUCAAAGUCGCCGAGCUGCCAACUACCACGCCUAUUGAGACGAUGAUCGCGUCGGGACAGAUACAGACAUCGGUGAACGGGGUGAUAUUGCAAAACGGCUUGGCGACGACGCAAACGAACAACAAAGCAGCCACCGGCGAGGAAGUGCCACAGUCUAUCGUGAUCACCACCCGCCAGCAGUACGGGCUGCCUGACGACGCGGUGGUCUACUGCAACUUCAACCAGCUGUACAAAAUCGACCCCCUGACCCUGCACAUGUGGGUGUACAUCCUGAAGCACGUGCCCAACAGCGUGCUCUGGCUCCUAAGGUUCCCCGCCGUAGGGGAGCCCAACCUACAGUCAACUGCGCAGCAAUUGGGACUCCCGCCGGGCCGAAUCAUAUUUUCCAACGUGGCCGCCAAGGAGGAGCACGUGCGACGUGGACAGUUGGCAGAUGUGUGCCUGGACACGCCUUUGUGCAACGGACACACAACCAGCAUGGACAUUUUGUGGACCGGCACACCCGUGGUCACUUUGCCUGGAGAGACCCUGGCGUCUAGAGUGGCAGCAUCACAGCUGAACACCCUUGGUUGCCCUGAGCUCAUAGCGCGAACGAGGCAGGAGUAUCAAGACAUAGCUGUAAGAUUGGGGACUGACAGGGAAUACCUGAAGGCGAUACGCGCGAAGGUGUGGACGGCGAGGACCGAGAGCCCGCUGUUCGACUGCAAGGCUUACGCUAUCGGGCUCGAGAUGCUGUACGCGCGCAUGUGGGCGCGCUACUCGCGCGGCGAGCGGCCCGAUCACGUGCAGGCCUUAGAUAAG